AUGCCCAAGCACAAGGGCUACGCAUCAGACGACUCAGAGCCAGACACGUACAACCCUUACUCGGACGACGAGGCGCCGAGCGCGGGUCGAGGAGCAGGCCCUGAUGAGGAUCUCGAGUCGGGAUGGAGCGAUGGCGGCGCACCGAUGACGGCCCAGCAGCGGAAACGAGCGGCGAUGCACCCGCCCAUCUCGUCCAUCUGCGCCGCUCUCGGAGGGUUUGAAGAGUUCCUCGAUGAGAACGGACAGGUCUACACCGCGUACUCGCUCGGUGAUCAGGUCGUCGGAUGUCUGAAGGACUUGAAGCGGUUCUGGCGUAUGGACGAGAAGGACGACGACAGAACUGUUGCGCGCAUCUUUCACGAGAUUGGCGUACUCAAGACCGACUUGAUUCCCAUCCUCAAGACGACUCUGGGAUCAGGUGCGAAGGGAGACCGUAUCGCCCUCGCUUGCGUCGAGCUGAUCGGCGCCAUGACCUGGCCGAUCAACGUCGCGGAAGAACUUCGCGACGCCCAGCUGCUCGGGGAGCUGAAGCAGUCGCGCGACUUUACGACGCUCAUCGACGCUCAACGAGGCUACAAGGCGUCCAUCAUCAAGGAGGGAGUGCUGAGGCACAUGAUGAGCAUCUUGGCGGGCUCGUUGCAAAAGGGCAGGCGGGAUCGCACGCAGAAAGACGAGAACAUCAUCUCGCUCAUCCUCCAUGUCUUCCGCAACCUCGCCUACCUGACCGACCGCUCUACGCCCGCCUCUUCCGCCUCCGCCUCAGCAAUCGAGCAAUCCUCCCUCCAGUCCGACCUGAUCGCCUCCUUCUCGCGCGAAGGGAUCCUCGACCUCUUGCUCGCCAUGUCCGCGCACGCCGACUCGUCCGACUACGCGCCUUGGAACAUGGUCGUCCUGGAUAUCCUGCACCUCCUGUACAGGGGUGUGAGGGCGGACGAAUUGAUGGUUCCGGAGAAGGAGGUUGAGAACACGCGGCUGAGGGAGUUGCUUGAUCUGGAGCAAAAGCAGGGAGGGAGGGAGUUUGCGCUCAAGGGGUCGAGGCAUUCGAGGUUCGGCACGACCAUCGCGGUGCAGUCGAACGGCCGGAAGUAUAUCCUUCACAAGCAGUCGACGCUCUCGGAAGGUCCCUCGGCGACGCUGGACAAGAUCAAGCGCGCCAAGGCGAAGAAAGUCCGCAUCGAUGACGACCUUGCUCCGCCUGCGACGCAGCUUCGACCUGAAGCUGUGCGGAUCCUGUACGAGACGUCAAGGAAGUUUGUCGAGUCGGCCUUCAACCCCUUCUUCGCAUCGGUCCUGCGCGACAUCCGCAUGGAGCGCCUCAAAGUCCGCGAAUCCGACACCCUCCGCUUCCUCUACCUCUGCUCCUUCUUCCUCGAGUUCUUCCUCCUUCUCUACCGCGACGACGAGCGAAGAGGGAUCUCGCAUCUCGAUGAGGAGAACGGACAUGACUUUGGGCUUGUGGCGGAGUUGACGGAGCCGCAUGCGAUUGGGUUUGUCACGAAGCGGAUGAAGAAUGCGCUCGAGGAGAAGCCGCCGCUCUGGACCGACUUGCAUGCGGGCGUAGAAUGCUUUACGCAGAUCCUCCUCGUCAUCGAAGCCCUCCAAGCCUCCGGCAUCCCCGAGCACAUCGAUGUCGCCGAAAUCCUCCAGAACAAGCUCUACUACGAGGCCGAGACGCUCGAGAUGGUCGUCACGCUCAUCACGCGGUACAGCUCGCAAAGCUAUAAGUACCUCGACUCGGUCAUGCACCUCGCCUACACGCUUCUUCGAAUGCUCGAGAAGUACUCGAAGUCGAAGGCGUACAUGUACGUGAGGAAGAAGAAAGCCGGACGAGCGGCGGCGAAGAAGAAGCGGCAAAAGAAUAAGGCGGCUGACGAGAACGAGGGAGACGGUCUCGGCAUGGGCGAGGAGGAGGACGAGGAGCAGGAGGAAGUCGAGCAGUCAGCCGUCACCUUCGGCGAGCACGCAUUCCAGUUCGAGAAGUUUGAGCAGCGCUUCGCCGACGAAUCCGUCCUCUCGACCUGCAUGAUCUACCUCGAGUCGUACAAGACGUUCCGCACGCCUGAGCAGAUGAAGCGCAUCGUCGCGCUCAUGCAUCGGCAAGCCAUCAAGGCCAAGUCGGAGGGUCUCUUCUACAAGCCUACCGUCCUCGAGCUCUUCCGACGGAUCAUGGAAGACCGCGACAUUGCCGACGCUCGCGAAGGACCCAAUGCCGACCUGCGCAAGCUGAUCGAGUAUGUCCUCCGCAAGUUCUUCAAGGCGGUCCAGGAGCAUCCGUUCCUACUUCUCGAGUGCUUCUUCCCCAAGACGCGGACGCAACUCGGCAAGAUGCGCAUGGGCGAGGUCGACCCAUUUGCCGACAGCGACGACGACACGCUCAUGUACAAGGCGAAGAAGAUCGGCGAGGUCGAAGUCCAGCCCGGCUUCUCCCACACGCAGCAGAUCGGUAUCGCCAUCGCAUGUCUGCUCGAAGGCGGCGAGCAGCGGCUUGUCGACAUGGUCAAGAAGCAACUCGUCCUCGCCUCGGCAGCUCGUACGGAGAUCAUUCUCACGACCGAUGGCCCGCCUAACGACGACGUUGCUAUGCUCGGCGACGAGAACGAGACGGACGCUGCUCUUCGCGAAAAGGCUGCCCAGCUCAAGGGUCCCUCUGCCGAGGCUGUUGCGCUCUUCACGCCGCACAACGUCGAGUAUGGCGAAGACGCCGAAGUCAAGGAGGCCGCGACGGUCAACCCGCACGUUAAGCUGUUGAUGCGCUUGCUGAGCUGGGAGAGCAGCGAAGCUCCCGAGUCCGGCGAGCUCGUCUGGUCGAUUCCUGCGUCAAUCCUCCCUUCCAAGCUCGACAGCGACCUCAAGAUUAUCGAAGACUUCGUCCUCGACCCGGUCGAUCCGCAGAACGGCAAAUCGGCCGCCGAACUUCUUCGUAAACAGCGCAGGAAGCCUGUGCGCCGUAAGCGUAAGAUCGCCAGCGAGGACGAGAUGGAGCUCGGGUCGGAUGGCGAGCCCGUAGUCAAGGUCAAGCGGAAGCGGCAGAAGAAGCGCCAGGAGGAGGAGCAGGCCUACAAGAGUGCCCAAUUCAUCAACGACUCUGACGACGAGGACGAUCCCGACCGCGAUGCAGCUUUCUUCGCCGCCGAAGCAGCCUUACGUGCGAAGCUUGCGGCUGGUCAGGUGUCCGUUCACCUCGAGAACGGCAGCAAGAAGAGGAAGCAGCCGAAGGGCUCAGCUGCCGCGACCUCUUCUGUCCGCGCAACAUCACCCGCGUCUUCGCCUCCGCCCGCUGCGCCGAAGAAAGGGAAGGGCAAGACCGGCGGCCGCAGCAAGAAGGCCAAGAAGACCAAGUUCGACUCCGAGAUGGUCAGCGAUCUCGAGGACGACGAGGAACUCGUCGGCGGGCUGCGCAAGGAGGCGGACAAGCAGUGCAAUGGUGCCGACGAGGAGGAAAAGUCGGCAGGCCCGACUUCGCCUGCGUCGUCUUCGACCGUAGCAUCGCGCAAGCGAGCGCCCUCCGCCUCGUCCGCAACUUCGUCUCCACCUGCCGUCCCAACGGCUACUGCCGACAUUGCAGGCGAUGAAGACGACGAAGAAGCUGUCGGUGCGACGCAGUACAAGAAGAAGCGCCGAAUCGUGCUCGAUUCGGACGACGAGUAG